AUGUCAUUCCGUUUAACCAACCGUACUGCUAUUGCUGCCUUGAAAUCAAUCACCAGAAGCUCAAUUGUUAGAACUGCCACUCCAUUGGUUCAUAGAUCAGCUGCUUCAACCAUUGCUCCACGUUUAUUCUCUACUUCAUCAAUUGUUUCUAAUGAUGCUAAGAAACAAUUCCAUGAAAGUGUUAUCGCUGAGAUUGAACAUGAAGCAGGUAACGAUAACUCAUUACCAGAAGCUCUUGAAUCAUUUUUUGACAGAUCUGGUUUCAAAUUAGCCGAAACUACUGGUCAAUCUUUAGGUAAAUUAAUCAAAGAAACUGAAACUGAAACUUUACAUCUUUACUUUGAUGUCAAUCAAGCUGUCAACAUCCGUGCUGUUGAAGAAAACUUUGAAGAAGAUGAUUUAACCAAACAACCAGAUGAAUUCUUUUUAAAUGUUAACUUAGUUGUUGCUAAAAAAGCUGAUAACUCCGCUGUUAGCUUUGAUUUAAUCUACCGUACUUAUGAUGCAGCUGUUGUUGUUGAGGGUGUUACUCAUUAUGCCAAUGCUACUGAAGCUUUAUCUGAAAGUGCUGAAGAUGAACAAAAACGUGAAAUUGCUUAUCACGGUCCAGCUAUCUCAAACUUGGAUGAAAAAUUAGUUCUCAGUUUAGAUAACUAUAUGGAAUCAUUAGGUGUUACUGAUGAAUUAUUACACCACAUCAUCAACUAUGGUAUUUACAAAGAAAAUGAAGAAUACUUGCGUUGGUUAUCAAACUUGGAAAAAUUCUUGAAAUAA